GCAUUUCUGGAGCUAUGAAAUGCCUUGUCGACAUAUGUUUCAGUGCAGGCGACAAGCAGGAUCUAAGAUGCACUUACUUGAAGAUUAUGAUCCAAUGUUCCACAAGAAAAACAGCCUUCAACCAUCUUCAGCACCACAGCCAGCGAGAAAAUUUGUACUCACCUCUGUACCAGCCUUGAAGGCGAAAACUCCUAGGAAGAAAUUUAUUGUAGCUGAUCAAGUGACCAAGGAGCUUGUCUCCAUUCUGCAGCUCAGUGGAAAUUCAGGGAACAAUCCGCAGUUUGCUCAGCGCAUAAGCGUCUUGAAGGAUCUGCAGAAAAACUGGGCAGCAGGUAAUGAGGUGGAGGUCAUACCAAUUAAAGAUUUGACAUCAGAUCUAACAAUAUCACAGAAGAAAUCCACUAUUGGCUCGGCUACGAACAGUAAGUUCUCUUUAUAGACUUAAGAGGGUCAUUAAUUUUCUGUUACAGAUAUAUUUGAAAGAAAAAUUUG